AUGGAGAGGGGUACAGCAAGGUUUGGAAAGAGCAGCGUGCCACAAGUGAUGGAGUGGGGGACGCAAAAGGUGAUAGGGAUACUCUGGAUUUGUCUGCUUCUCAGCACUUUCUCCAGUGGGGAAAUCACUUGUAGACACUGUUACACCCGAAUUCAGCUCCGGGAUCUCGGAUUAAUGCGUCCACAGGGGAGGGUGGAACAGGGAAGGGUGGUUAGAGAAGUUCUGCAGAACUCGAUUGAGGAUGAGGAGGCUAAAAAUGGGUAUAAUGCUCUUGGAUCCGGAGUACAAAAUGUGCAUCUCAUAAGUAGUCACCAGACGAGGACAUCCCAUGGCCCAAUAGACAAAGCUGCCUUUGAUAGGGAUAACCAGCUACUUUCUGGUUUUGUCCAGGGUGGGGGUAAGAUCUCAGAAGCCAAAGAAAAAGUAACAAGGGUGAGAAGAGAUCAGAUGGGAGUAAACAGGCUUAGAAAAGACAUCAUGUUGCCUUCUGACCCCAGUCUCGAGGAUCCACUGGCCAGUCAUCUAAUGGAUGGACGGAAGGUCAAGCGCUCUGAAAUCAAGGGUUCCAGAGAAGAAGGGAGAGCCAGCCGCGCCAGGGUGGAAGAGCUGAGGUUGAGUACCACUAGUUUUCCGCUGACAGGAGAUUCAGCUCAUAACCAAGCCAUGGUCCACUGGACCGGUGGGCACAACAGCAGUGUGAUCCUGAUACUUACCAAGCUUUAUGACUUUAACCUGGGAAGUGUAACAGAGAGCUCUUUGUGGAGGUCAACAGAUUAUGGGACAACAUAUGAAAAGUUUAAUGAAAAAGUUGGUCUGAAGACUGUGCUCAGCUAUCUUUACGUCAGUCCCACCAACAAGAGGAAGAUCAUGUUGCUAAGUGAUCCUGAAGUUGAGAGCAGUAUAUUGAUCAGUUCGGAUGAAGGGGCCACUUAUCAGAAACAUCGACUAAACUUUUAUAUCCAAAGCUUGCUGUUCCACCCAAAGCAGGAAGACUGGGUCCUAGCAUACAGUCUGGAUCAGAAGCUGUACAGCUCAAUGGAUUUUGGCAGAAGAUGGAAUCUGAUGCACGAAAGAAUUACUCCAAACAGAUUUUAUUGGUCGGUAAUGGGUUUAGAUAAGGAACCUGACCUUGUGCACAUGGAAGCGAGGACGGCUGAUGGACAUGCUCAUUAUAUAACCUGCAGAAUUCAGGAAUGUUCAGAAACCACGAGGAGCGGACCAUUCUCUCGGUCCAUUGACACCAAUUCCCUAGUUGUGCAGGAUGAAUAUGUCUUUAUUCAGUCAACGUCUGGUGGAAGAGCAAGCUACUAUGUCUCAUACAAGCGAGAAGCCUUUGCACAGAUCAAACUCCCAAAGUAUUCCCUACCAAAGGAUAUGCACAUUAUCAGCACAGAUGAAAAGCAGGUGUUUGCUGCUGUUCAGGAGUGGAACCAAAAUGAGACGUACAACCUAUACAUCUCAGAUACACGAGGCGUAUACUUCACUCUUGCCUUGGAGAAUGUCAAAAGCAGCCGAGGGCUUGAGGGAAACAUUGUCAUUGACCUUUACGAGGUAGCUGGGAUAAAAGGGAUAUUCCUGGCUAAUAAAAAAGUAGAUGAACGAGUCAAGACUUUCAUCACAUACAACAAAGGCAGAGACUGGCGGUUGCUACAAGCUCCAGAUACUGAUCUUAGAGGGAACCCCAUCAACUGUCUGCUGCCGUUCUGCUCGUUGCAUUUUCAUCUGCAGAUGUCUGAAAACCCUUAUAACUCAGGGAGCAUUUCAAGCAAAGUCACGGCUCCUUGGCUGAUUGUAGCAUCAGGAAAUGUGGGCUCUGAACUUUCAUCAUCAGAUACCAGUAUGUUCAUCUCAUCUGACGGUGGAAACACCUGGAAGCACAUAUUUGAAGAAGAAUACAACAUUUGGUUCCUAGACUGGGGUGGGGCUCUCGUAGCCAUGAAGCACACGUCGUUGCCCGUCCGCCACUUAUGGUUAAGUUUAGAUGAAGGCCGAUCAUGGAACAGAUAUGGGUUUACUUCUUCUCCUCUGUUUGUUGACGGUGCACUGGUGGAGCCUGGAGUAGAAAAUCAGAUAAUGACAGUAUUUGGACAUUUCAGUCUUCGCUCGGAAUGGCAGCUGAUAAAAGUUGAUUACAAAUCUAUCUUUGGAAGGAAAUGCAAUGAAAAUGACUUUGAGAGUUGGCAUUUGCAUAAUCAGAGAGACUUCUGCGUGAUGGGAGAGAGGAAAACGUACAGGAAACGAAGACCUGGAUCCCACUGUUUAUUGGGGAAGGAUUAUCUUAGAACUAUUACUGAGCCUUGUCUAUGUUCUCACUGGGACUUUGAAUGUGACUAUGGCUACGAGAGGCAAGGGAAGAACCAGUGCACUCCGGCAUUCUGGUUUAACCCCACAUCUGUGUCUAAAGACUGCAGCCAAGGCCAGAGCUAUCUGAGGAGCAGCGGGUAUCGUCGGAUAGUGUCAAAUAAUUGCACUGAUGGACUUCGGGAACAGUACUCAGCCAAAUCCCAGCAGUGCCUUGGGAAAGCUCCUCAGGGGCUGCACCUCUCCACAAGCGAUGGUCGGUUAGGGGUACAGCAUGGGCAGAAUGUCACAUUUUUUGUGCAUUUGGAAGAGGGAGACCUUCAAAGAAUAAACAUUCAGUUGGAUUUUGGAGACGGAAGUGCUGUGUCUUAUGCAAAUUUUAGUAAGAUAGAAGAUGGCAUAAAGCAUGUAUAUAAGAAUGCAGGAAUAUACCAGGUCACCGCGUACGCUGAGAACAACGUAGGCAUCGACAGUGCUGUCUUGUAUCUACAUGUGACUUGUCCGGUGGAGCAUGUGCAUUUACGAGUUCCUUUCGUUGCUAUUACUAACAAGGAAGUCAAUAUGACCGCUGUGGUUUGGCCAUCACACUCAGGAACACUCACUUACUUCUGGUGGAUUGGCAAUAACACAAAGCCUUUGAUCACCUUGGAGAGCAGCAUUUCAUUCGUGUUUAGCACAGAAGGAACAAACUCCAUUACAGUGCAGGUUGCGGCAGGAAACACGCUCAUACAGGACACAAAGGAGGUCGCUGUGCAUGAAUAUUUCCAAUCUCAGCUGUUGUCUUUUUCCCCAAAUCUGGAUUUCCAUAACCCUGACAUCCCUGAGUGGAGACAAGACAUAAGCAGACUCAUUAAGCGAGCUCUUGUACAGGUGACAAAUAUCCCUGAGGAGCAUGUACUAGUGGCCAUGGUCCCCGGCCUUCCCACAUCAGCAGAACUCUUCAUACUCCCGCACAAAAACAUUAGCGAGCGCAGGAAAGGAAGUAAAGCAGAUCUGGAGCAGAUUGUGGAAGCCUUGCUCAGUGCUCUCAACCAAAACCUUGUACAGUUCGAGCUGAAGCCUGGGGUACAGAUCUUUGUGUACGUUACACAACUUACUUUAGCGCCAUUGGUGGACAGCGGUUCGGGGCAUAGCAGCUCAGCCAUGUUAAUGCUCCUGUCUGUGGUGUUUGUGGGUUUGGCUAUUUUUUUAAUCUACAAGUUUAAGAGGAAAAUCCCCUGGAUUAAUAUUUAUGCUCAAGUCCAACAUGAUAAAGAACAAGAAAUGAUUGGGUCUGUCAGUCAGAAUGACAACGCACCUAAAAUAUCACUCAGCGACUUUGCAGAUCCCGAGGAGCUGACAGACAAAGAACUGGACACACGAGUUAUAGGCAGCAUUUCUACAAUUGCAAAUAGUGAAAGCACAAAGGAAAUUCCCAACUGUACAAGUGUGUAA